AUGUUGCGUUUUUCUAAAUUAAAGCUUGCUAUUACAGCCACCACCUUGGCCACAGCAGCUGUUGGCGCUAAAAUCGCUAGCUCCGAUGAUCCUGCCACCACUCUCAAGCUCUGCACCAUCGUCCCUACCCGCCUUUUUCGCCUUUCUGUCACCGCUGCCUGCAUUGCUUUUGAUUAUGAGUACUCUCUAAGGGGACUGGCGGAAGAUAGUGAUGAGAGGGAAAGAGUUAAGCAUGAAGUUCACACCAGGAGUGCAUGUAGGCUUAGAGACUUAUGUUUCAAAAAUGGUGGAGUUUAUAUAAAGCUUGGUCAACAUAUUGGUCAACUGGAGUACUUGGUACCCAUAGAGUAUGCUAAAAUAAUGAAGGAUUCGAUGUUGAAUAGGUGUCCAACCUCUACAUAUGAUGAAGUGUGCCAAGUUGUGAAAAAAGAACUUGGUGCGCCUCCUGAAGAGAUUUUUUAUGAGUUUGAUCCCGUUCCAAUUGCAAGUGCUUCUCUUGCUCAAGUCCAUGUUGCCCGUACUCAUGAGGGGGAAAAAGUUGCCGUGAAGGUGCAGCAUACACACAUGACAGAUACUGCAGCUGCUGAUUUGGCCACGGUGGACUUCAUUUAUACUACUUUGCACCGUCUUUUUCCUUCAUUUGAUUACAGGUGGUUGAUAGAUGAAGCACGAGAUACUUCACCAAAGGAGCUAGAUUUCUUAAUUGAAGCGAAGAACAAUGUAAAAUGUAUGGAUAACUUUCGAAGGUUAUCUCCUCAUAUUGCAGCAUAUGUAUAUGCCCCAAGAGUAUAUUGGACUCUGAGUACCUCAAAGUUAUUGACCAUGGAAUAUAUAGAAGGUCCACAAGUCAACGAUUUGGAGAACAUUAGAAAACUUGAAAUACGACCAGAUGAUAUUUCAAAAUUAGUUAGUCAAACUUUUGCUGAAAUGAUUUUCAAACAUGGAUUCGUGCACUGUGAUCCACAUGUUGCUAACUUGCUAGUUCGUCCAAUGCCUUCGGGUAGAAGUAGCAUUUUUGGAAGACGCAAACCGCAAUUGGUACUCCUUGACCAUGGUAUCUACAAAGAACUUGACACUUACACAAGGACUAGCUACGCAGCUCUCUGGAAGGCUCUAGUAUUAGCUGAUCACUCGGCAAUUAAGGAAAAUUGCACUAAACUUGGUGCUGGAGAGGAUAUGUAUACAUUUUUCAGUAGCAUUCUCACAAUGAAACCAUGGGAGACAGUUAUUGAUCCGGCUGCUGAUCAUUUAGCCAUACACGAUCAGUCAGACCUUCACAUAUACGGUCCUGAAUAUUUUCCACAAUUCACAGAACUUCUACGUAGACUGCCACGUGUCAUACUUCAUAUGAUGAAAACAAAUGAUUGUAUACGUUCAGUCAACAAUGCAUUGUUGCAAAGACCUUCUCUCGGGUCAUUCCUGAUCAUUGGGAAAGUUUCAUCUGAAGCAGUUAUUGGGGAAAAAUGGGCAAAUGCAAAAUCCAUUUUUAGCUUGAUACGUGUUUGGUUGGAAGAAAUCUCACUAGAAGCCCGCUUUACGCUAUUGCAACUAGCCUUAUGGGUCCUGGAAUUCAAGAGAUCUUUGAGCUUGUGAAAGGAUGGAGCUUUUGGAAGGUUCAGUACAUAACAUGAGAUAUCAUAUGUGCUUUUUGGACAAAAUUACUGGGAAAUUUUCAUUAUUGAAGACAAAUAUACUGAAACUCUCUUGACUUUCUUAGUCAAUAAUUCCGAUUCUAAAGCAUUUUCUAACCUUACUUUGUUAUCUAUCAACUUCAGAAAAAUCAGGUGUGUGAUAGAACUGGUUUACAACCUUCUGUCUAAAAACCUAAAACUAAUCUGCACAUGGUCCUUGUUCUAAU